UCUUCCUCUCUACCUUACGAACCCUAGCGGCUGAGUUUCAUUGUGUUUCUUUCUCCGCGUUUCUGACGCCUUUGAUCUGCCGAGAUAAUGGCCGGAAAGGGUGAUGGACCGGCUAUUGGGAUAGAUCUCGGCACCACCUAUUCGUGCGUCGGUGUAUGGCAGCACGAUCGGGUCGAGAUCAUCGCCAACGACCAGGGCAAUCGCACAACGCCGUCUUAUGUCGCCUUUACAGACACCGAGCGCCUCAUCGGUGACGCCGCCAAGAACCAGGUCGCCAUGAACCCUAUCAACACCGUGUUCGAUGCAAAGCGUUUGAUUGGGAGGCGCUUCACCGAUGCAUCCGUCCAAAGUGACGUCAAGCUCUGGCCAUUUAAGGUUAUUUCUGGUCCUGGUGACAAGCCUAUGAUUGUUGUUAAUUACAAGGGGGAGGAGAAGCAGUUUGCAGCCGAAGAAAUAUCUUCUAUGGUGUUAAUCAAGAUGAAAGAAAUUGCUGAAGCCUACCUUGGAUCUGUUGUGAAAAAUGCUGUUGUCACUGUCCCUGCUUACUUCAAUGACUCCCAGCGUCAGGCCACAAAGGAUGCUGGUGUCAUUUCUGGUUUGAAUGUGAUGAGGAUCAUCAAUGAGCCCACUGCUGCUGCUAUUGCCUAUGGACUUGACAAGAAGUCAAGCAGUGUGGGUGAGAAGAAUGUUCUCAUUUUUGAUCUUGGUGGUGGCACUUUUGAUGUCUCUCUACUUACCAUCGAGGAGGGUAUCUUUGAGGUCAAGGCCACUGCAGGGGACACUCAUCUUGGAGGUGAGGAUUUUGAUAACCGCAUGGUUAACCAUUUUGUUCAAGAGUUCAAGAGGAAGAACAAGAAGGAUAUCGUUGGGAAUCCUAGGGCACUGAGGAGGCUGAGGACUGCAUGCGAGAGGGCAAAGAGGACACUUUCUUCCACUGCACAAACCACCAUUGAAAUUGAUUCCUUAUACGAGGGCAUUGAUUUCUACACUACCAUCACAAGGGCCAGGUUUGAGGAGCUUAACAUGGACCUUUUUAGGAAAUGUAUGGAGCCCGUUGAGAAGUGUCUGAGAGAUGCUAAGAUGGACAAGAGCACGGUCCAUGAUGUGGUUCUUGUUGGUGGAUCCACCAGAAUCCCAAAGGUGCAGCAGUUGUUGCAGGACUUUUUCAAUGGCAAGGAGCUCUGCAAGAGUAUCAAUCCUGAUGAGGCUGUUGCUUAUGGUGCUGCUGUUCAGGCUGCUAUUCUUAGUGGUGAGGGCAAUGAGAAGGUGCAGGACCUUCUCCUUUUGGAUGUCACUCCACUUUCCCAAGGUUUGGAGACUGCUGGAGGUGUUAUGACCGUCUUGAUCCCCAGGAAUACCACCAUCCCCACAAAGAAAGAGCAAGUCUUCUCUACCUAUUCAGACAAUCAACCUGGAGUCUUGAUUCAGGUAUACGAGGGUGAGAGAACCAGGACCAGAGACAACAACCUGCUUGGAAAAUUUGAACUCUCAGGAAUACCACCUGCUCCCCGUGGUGUACCUCAGAUCACAGUUUGUUUUGACAUCGAUGCUAAUGGUAUCUUGAAUGUGUCCGCCGAGGACAAGACAACUGGACAGAAGAACAAGAUCACCAUUACCAAUGACAAGGGCAGGCUCAGCAAGGAGGAGAUUGAAAAGAUGGUGCAGGAAGCAGAGAAGUACAAGUCCGAGGACGAGGAGCACAAGAAAAAGGUGGAAUCGAAGAACUCCUUGGAAAACUACGCCUACAACAUGAGAAACACUAUCAAGGAUGACAAGAUUGCAUCCAAGCUGCCUGCAGCAGACAAGAAGAAGAUUGAAGACGCGAUUGAGCAGGCGAUCCAAUGGCUCGAAGCCAAUCAACUGGCGGAGGCUGAUGAAUUCGAUGACAAGAUGAAGGAGUUGGAGAGCAUCUGCAACCCCAUCAUUGCUAAAAUGUACCAGGGCGGUGACGUGCCUGGUGGAAUGGAUGAGGAUGGGCCUUCAGCUGGUGCCAGUGGUGCAGGGCCGAAGAUUGAGGAGGUUGAUUAAGCGGAGUUUUACCCCGAUCCACCCCUCGCAUGGGCUGUUAAGUCGCUGCUAGUGGUUGAAAUCGUUAUCUACUUAGUAUUAUUUGAAUCUAAACUAUGAAUUAAUUGAUCAUGGCCUGGCUGUAGGCCGUGAAUGAAUAUCCUUUGAUAUUUGAACUUUUUUUUAUCUUCCAUAUUUGCAUCUAUUAUCAGUUAAAGCACCAUUAUUAUUCUAGAUA